AUGGCGCUGAGGGUUGGAAGAAAUCCAACGGAGCAAUGUUUGAUAUUUAACCACGUAAUAGACUUUGUUUACCGGACACACCAACAUCGUUUAAACUCUUGGAACCAACCUUUUCUUAAUCCACGAGCUCUAGAACACUAUGCACAAAGUAUCCAUUCCCGUGGAGCUCCACUUGAAAAUUGCUUUGGCUUCGUAGACGAUAACUUGUGCAAGAUAGCUCGACCCAAGAAUAACCAACGUGAAGUUUACAGGGCAAAUGAUGGGACGCCUUUGUGUUUAUAUGGAGAUCCAGCGUAUCCCCUUGGCAUCCACUUACAAGCCCCAUUUAGAAAUGUUCACAUCACCCCACAGAUGGCAAGAUUCAAUGAGAGUAUGAGUGAAGUGAGAGUUGCUGUGGAGUGGAUGUUUGGCUGUGUUUCAAAUUACUACAAGUUCAUUGACUUCCGCAAGCAACUCCAAACUGGCCCUAGUCCCGCUGGUAAAUUAUAUCUAGUUUGUGGAAUUCUUCAAAAUGCCCACACAUGCUUAUAUGGAAAUAUUGUUUCAGAUUAUUUUGGUGUUGACCCCCCAAAUCUUGUAACCUACUUCUGGUAA